AUGGCAUCCAUAAGACCGCUCGAGGGCGGUACAGCGUUACUACUCACAUCUACACAAGUUAUAACCUCUCCACUAUCUGCAGUGAAGGAGCUCCUUGAAAAUUCGCUAGACGCAUCUGCAACCUUCAUCUCGAUAGAGAUCUCAUCCAACACAGUCAAUGUGGUGCAGGUACGCGACAAUGGGCACGGCAUCGCCCCAGAUGACCGAGGCGUGUGCUGUCGCCAAAAUACAACAAGUAGGCUGAAUAGCGUUGCCGAUUUGAGAAACGUUGGAGGCAAAAGCUUAGGAUUUAGAGGUCAGGCUUUGUUCGCCUUGGCGGAGGUAGCGGGGAAAAUGGAGGUCACGACAAGAGUUGAAGGUGAAAGUGCAGCGGUUAGGCUGGAUAUCGGGGCGCAAGGCGAAGUCGUGACAAGGACGGUGGUGUCUCAGCCAGUUGGAACCUCUGUACGCAUCACAGACCUCUUUGCCAAAUUCCCAGUACGUAAACAAGCGGCAGAGAAAAGCGCGGUGAAAUGUCUUGCCAGCAUCCGAAGAUUGCUCCAAGCGUAUGCGUUGGCGAGACCCAAUGUGCGGCUCGCUUUACGAGUUUCGAAGAUCAAGGCCAACAAGAUGAGCCUGGUCUAUGCCCCGGAUGUGAAUCAGGCGACGGUGCAAGAUGCCGCAUUCAAGAUUAUUGGCACAGAGCCCGCAUCUCAAUGUUCUUGGUAUGCUCUCAAGGUUCACUCGUACGAUGUGCAAGCUCUGCUACCCACUCCAGAAGCAGCCGCAUCGAAGAUCAGUAAUUUUGGACACUUCGUGUCUGUUGAUCGAAGACCAGUGUCUCCGACUCGGGGAUUAUUCAAGAAAAUUUGCAAACAAAUCAUCGAUAAAAUAAGGAAAAGCAACAUCACUUUGGCCAGCGUGAAUAAUCCUUUUUUCGUCGUCAAUAUUGGAUGUCCCAAAGGUUGCUACGAUCCUAACGUUGAGCCCGCUAAGGACGAUGUUUUAUUCGAAGAUGAAGGACAAGUCUUCGAGGCAAUCGAAAGAUUGCUUGAUUUGGCGUACACAAGUUGCCAAAAACCAAGCAAUCGACUAGAUCCCGAUUCGCCGCAGUUAGGAAGGAUUACCGCUCAGGCGUUGACAUCUGACAAUCGAGAUCGAGAACAUUGUCCCGAUCAUGAGGAUGAUUUUGAAGCACUCGAAACCAAUCACGUCCCAUCUCUUUCAAGUACAGAAGGUCGGUCAUGCCUCCUCGUCGACAAAGAAAGACCUAGCAGCCCGUUCAACUACGACGAAGAACGGAAUGCGGAAAUGCCCACCGAUGAUAAUGAGAUUGAAGUCCCACAAGAGCAAGCAAACAUCUGGAGAGCUACCAUGUACGGUUGUGAUGAGGAUGAUGUGGAAUUGGUUGAUUCGAGAGCACGGUCGGCUAGCGUUGACGCGAUUGUGCAUCCUACCGAUAAAAGUGAUCUCAAUCCUUGGAUCAUUGCGAAACUUAACGCGUCGCUUAAGCGUAAAACAAAGGAAGGAGCAAGCAAAGAUGUCUUAAUUCCACCCACAACUACAUUUACUUUAUCAUCUACGCCAUGUUCACAAGAUUAUACUCAAAAUAGCUUGCUUGCAACAUCCGUAUGUGGUGAUGAAAACCUUCUGGAUUCCCAGCCAUGUUGCGAAGUUGAAAGAAAUGAAGACCUUUUUUGGAGAAGUCAAACGCUGUUCAGUCGAAAUCAACAGGAAGUCUCACGGCUUGACAGCUUACCGACACCGCUGCCAUCUUCCUCUCCAGAUCAUCGACAAUUGAAACGGAUACAAUCAGGAAAUAGGCGUGAACAAAAGAAAAACCUCCGUAGCAAGUUCACUAACAAUAUUUUCGAUCUACUUCAACUGGCAAAACCAAACGUUGAUUGCCGCAAAACGCAUAAUCCAGUGAGCACAAAAGGUGAAAAGAAAUUUAUGAAGCGAGGCAGUAAAUGCCAAUUAGCAUCGACAAGUUCAGUGGAUACAUCUCAAGCGGCGCUACUUUCAAAGCAGAUUGAGUCCAGAGACUCUACGUCUAACGACGAGCAAAUUAACGACUUUCGAACUCGACUCAGGCAAGCAGGUGACGUUCCAUUUUCUCAACAUACCCAAAAGUAUAAGCAGCUUGAAAUAGCACAUUUUUACGGACAAAGAAAUGAAGAAAAGCCGAACUUCCAACCAUGUGCUUGGACGGCGGUAAACCUUGUCCAAGGCAUCUUUCCGUCAAAUGAGCCCAUAGCGAGGCCACCAACAGCUAAGCGUCGCUGUACGACGAAGAUUGCCUCUCCUGAAUUGCCACAUGAGCAUGUCUCAGAAGGUCGCGAAACUCAUCAUCUUCAUUACAGAAUUGUACUCUCAUCUACGAAGCUCGAAGAACUUACACAUCUUUUUGGCAAGUAUUCUCAUGAAGUUGCGUUUGAGGAGAGAAAUGAAGUUGUAUAUGGUGGGUUCGAAAGCCUGUCGCCUCUGCUGCUGAUGAAUGCGGGAAUCAGGGCAAUAGAACUACUGAGAGAGAAACUGGGUCAAGCAGAAAGAUUGAAUGACAAUGAAGCAGUUUCGACGUACAGAAAUGUACUUAUCACGCUUGAAAGAACCACCACAACAGAAGAAGCGGCAAGGGUCGAAAUUAGUUAA